AUGAAAGGACUCGGCUCAGAUAAGUUCAACAUCAUCAUAUUUAACGACUCCUUCAGCCAUGUGGGAUAUUACUGUCUGGAGUUUGAGAAACUGGACAUAAAUAUGUUGGAGUUCCUGCAGAGGAGGCCAGAUCACGCCCUUGAACUAAAGGAGAUUCGUCCCGUUGUGCAUCAGCUGGCCACAGCUCUGGACUUUCUUCAGGAUGUGGGGAUUGUUCAUGCUGACCUGAAACCAGAAAAUAUAAUGAUUGUUGACCGCGGACAGCAACCCAUGAGGGUCAAAAUCAUUGACUUUGGUUUGGCCCUGAAAAAUCCUGAAGAACAUACAGGCACAGUUCUUCAGACAUUGUGGUACAGAUGUCCAGAGGUCCUGCUGGGAACUGCCUUUAAUGGAGCAAUCGAUGUUUGGUCUCUGGGCUGCAUUACUGUGGAAAUAUUUACUGGUUCUGCGCUGUUCCCUGGAGAGGAUGAAGAGGAUAUGAUCAGGAUGUCAAUCUUAAGAAGAGGAGGACAGAUGACGAAGAAGCUUCGGGAUCAGGCAAAGCUUUCCCCAGCAAAAAGAGAAAGAGAGGACAUCUGAGUAGAAAAAAAUGAUUUUUUGGUAAUCAAUGGUUGCCUUGCAGCUUGCUGACGGCCAUUGAAACAUAAAACAUCUACUAAAUUCCAUGUGACCUGGGAGGCUGACCAAAUAGUUUCCAUCAUCAACCAGAUCUUUGACAAUUCCAUGAAACUUUAUGAUUCUUCUUCCAUUUCCAAAGUCUGCACUAACAUCCCAGUGCCCAAGAAACCCAACAUCACUGGAAAAAAAGAGCACAGGCCUGUUACCCUGAUGUUCGUGAUCAAGAAAAGCCUUGAAUGACUGAUCUGAAGUGUGUCACAGACCCUAUGCUGGAUCCCUUGUUUCCAGCGGCAACUUAAUAAGUCCCACUUGCAUCGGUAGCUGCUGGUCAUUGAACAAACACGUCUACAGAGACAAUCAGCAGUACUGCAAGCCUUGUAUUAGGUUUAAAAUUAUGAAAACGGGCGUCUAACACAUCUGCUGACCCCACACAUUCUUGACAUAGUCUGUCGGCUAUGCCAAAAAAAUA